UGCCACUUGUCAAUAACGACACCGCUUAUUAUUUUUUCGAACGAUCGUGUUGCUCAGUGCGAAUAAAAACGUUGCCGCGACACGUUCCGCGAGCGCGCAACACUUUCCACACUUUUUGAAAUGGAAAUUUAAAUCGAGUCGAUCCGAUUAACAUCCGAUCGCGACGAAAUGAAGCAAACUUUUCUCAUCUCGCUCCUUCUCCUCGUAAUUCGUAAUUGCUCGUCCGAGAAAAUAACGUUGAGGAUCGAUUUGAACGAGCCGAUUGCCGUCACCGAUCCCAAGUUUCUCAGCCUUACCAUCGACCCGGUAACCCUGUUGGCCGGAAAUGCGGUCAGCACUCAUUUCGAGAGAAGCGUAAACCUGAUGAAAGCUUUGAGUCCAGCGUAUUUGCGACUCGGAGGGCCACGCAGUACUCUUUUCCACUUUGCCGAUCAAAAUUCCGAAGAAAAUGGAAGGAAGAGAAAAAUCGUGCUAUCCGAGUCAGAUUGGGUAUUGGUCCAUCAGUGGGCUGAAAAGGCAGGGUUGGAUGUGAUCGCCUGCGUUUCGCCGGACGACCGACAAAGGAGGACGAUCGAAGGGAGCGAAGAUGCGAUGGAGAUAAUUUCUUUCAGCGAUCACAUGGGUUUUAACGCCAAUUGGCAGCUGGGAUACGAACCCCAAAUUAGAUGCAAUCUGACGGGCAACGAUCUAGCGAGGCAAACGUUGGAUCUACGAAAAUCGUUGAACCAAUUUCCUAGAUAUUCGAACAGCGUGGUUACAGGGCCGGAUGUUAUAAUUUACGAUAACGAGAAGCAUCUAAAUUAUCUUCGAGACUACUUCAGUGUAGCCAUUCCCGCGCUUUCAGCCAUCACGUGGCAUCCCGACCUUGCGAGCAUCACUUUGGAUAAUGGUGGAGCGUUCAUACACCAGGAUAACUUGGAAGAAGAUAAGGAAGAAUUGUUGAAAGCUAUAGGUCGAUUCGUAGACGAUCGACCGUUGUGGAUUGCCGAAUCGAGGCCGGAAGAAUGCAAGAAUUUGUACAUAGGGGCUCUCGUCUUGGCGAGAAGACUAGGAAAUUCGGCAAAAGCAAACGUGAACGUGAUCAUGAGGCAACCGGCAGACCUGACUUAUCCAACUCCAGAUUACUGGGUGUCUUUCCUCCACAAGAGUCUCGUUGGAGGGCAAGUGUUCGACGCGAAGAUUCCAAGUGGCAACGAGGAUCACGUCUACCUCUAUUGCCAAUGCGCCUCGAACAAAUACGAAGACGGAUCGGUCGUGAUUUUCGGGGUGAAUUUGAAUCCUCGCGAAGUCACGUUCGAUUUGGAAGGGAUUAACGUAACCGAGAUUCACGAAUACGUUCUUACACCGGGUUUCGACGCACCCAAUCGAAUGUUUGCGGAAACUAUCUUCCUGAAUGAUAAACUAUUGACUUUGAUCAACGAUACGGUCCCCGAGAUGCGUCCAAAGAUUCUGAACAACACGAAACACGGCGUGGAUCUCCGUUUGCAGUCGGGCGGUAUCGGUUUCUGGAUCAUCCCCAAUUUAAAAAUAAAAUCUUGCACGAGAAACGAGACAUCGAGGAUGGAAGAGCUCGAGAUGAGUGAGAGAAUUGCGCGAGAAAACAAGAUCGACAACAAGAAUACGAAACAAACACGCGUUGCUGGAUCUUCGCAAGGAAGAGGGAACUCGAAGAGGGAUAUCGAUAAGAGAAAACGAAAGGGUGACGUGUCGAUCUAUAAAAACAACAUAAAGAGGGAAUUGAAGAGAUUGAAAAGAUUCGUGAAAAAGAAGCUGGACGAUUACAAUUACGCGAAAUCAUUGCCGAAACUGAGAAUACUGUCCAACUCCAAGGAGCAAGACGGGAAAGGCACGUCCACGCUGUCCCAAGAGGACGUGCAAAGCAAGUUGAAAGAGUACAAAGAUCGGGUGUCGCGGUUGAGGAAUCUGAUGGGAUCGAGCGACGCGAAGAUGGAGUUGAGAAAGUCGAUCGGCGACCUGGUCACGGACGUGAUAUCUUUAAUGUUGAAGAUACAGAAUACUCUGGAAACAAUGAGGAAGGAAAUCGAUCACGAGAACAAGACGGAGUCGUUCACCACCGUGAAAGAGACGUUGAAGUCCCUUUACGAUCUCUUGAUGAAUGCAAACCUGUCCGACGAGUCGAUCGAUUCGAGACAGAUGGAGCGAGGACUGGACAGGGCCAAGAGAGAAUCGGUAAAAGAGAGAGGAAUCCCUUUCGAUUCGAAGAGGGAGAGUAGCCUCUCGAGGAACGAGGGUGUCGAAGAAGGAUCUAGAGGGGAUCGAAGGAUCGAAUGGUGGAAGGAUGGGAGGAGUAAGAAGAGGCAACCGAGCUUUCUGGAAUUGGAUAGCGGAGAAGAUAUCAAUUUUUACCAAUUCGAGCCUGAAAAUUUCUUCGUUAACGAGGAUUCGUCCUUAAAUAUCGAUUACGAUUACGAAACGAGGGACGAAGAAUUCGAGGAUUCGGAGGAGCAAGUUUCAACAAUGGAGUAUAUCGACGACGUUGAUGCGUGGGACGAAGACGAGGAUGAUCAUUCCUUCUACCACGAGCCCGUCCAAUUUUUCAAGAAUUCGAGGAACAAUCGAAUGGACGCGAGUAUAGGAGUUCCUGAACUGUGGGAAGUGGAAACGUACGAGGUUGGAGGGAACGAUAGAACGAAGAAAUUCGAGGUGGUGAGGAUCGAAUCGGACGGCACGAUUCGAGAUACGAGGAGCAAGUCUUUGGAAAAAUUCGAGGGGGCCAUCUCUUUCCCGAAGAAUCAUCGACCCACGUAUACCUCGCCGUCUAACGUCCAACCAGACGAAUCCGUCAUCCGAUCGUUCUUCUCUGGACGAGCACCGCCGAUGGAUAGCGCGAUAUAUAAGAAAGUUUCCAAUUUCCAAGAUCCGAGCUUCAAAGGGUCGAGUCCUUGGGUCCUCGGGAACAAGAGAUCGAAAAGGGGGAAGACGGAUUUGCGCGUAAUACUCGAUCAGGAGAUGAUCAAAGAGGACGAUGCUAAUUCCAAGGAUUGCAAUUGCAGAGUUAUCCGUCGCUCGAAAGCUUGCGAUUGCCGAUCGAAAAGGGGCGCCAUCGAAUCGUUGGAAUCGCUCGAGGUCGACACGCUCGCACCCCCGAAACAACAACAACAACAACAACAACAACAACUCGUCGCUGCUGGUUUGGACAAGGAUAUAAUGCGCGCAAAUUUGCAAGAGGACGCGGACGUGGAAGUGUUCGCGGACGUGGAAGUGUUCGCGGACCUCGAGGGCGGGCCCAAAAUAGAAAAAUCGACGAGGGACGAAGAUUCGUCCAAGAUUGUGGGAGACUCGAGGUCGUCUUCCCGGAUCGAAUCGAACAACCCUCGAGAUCCGCGCCACGAUUCGAAUAUCCCUGUUUUGGAGAGCCGAUCGGAUCUCCAUUUUGAGGUGCCGUUGUUCACCGAUCCACGAUCCUCCACGAUUUUAAACGCGAAAGAAGGGGAGGAUCGAUCGAGCGAAAGAUCGGUGAGACGCGAUGCGAGUAAGUUUCUCUCCGAGGAAGACAGCACCACGAUUAAUAACGAGGGAUAUACUCUUCCCGAUCGAGAAAAUUCUACAGGUUUUACGGAAGGGAGCGAGGAGACCGAAGGUCCAACGAAGGAAGAAAGUUGGACAACUAUCGAGACGACGACUUUAUCGGAAGAAAUUGUCAUCAAUAAAGAAGCCGAAAACAAUCACGAUAAUUACGUUGGUGACGUAAAUUCGAAACGAGGGACAAAACCCGAGCAAUUUUUCCUCGGUAAAAAGCCAGCGGAGGUGGCCAAAGUGGGGAGCCCGGCCGCUCAAGCUCGGCCGACCGAUUUCAAUAGUAAAAGUAAGAAACGUGCGAGAUUAAACGUCGCAAGACAAUCCGAAUUGUCGAAGAAAGUGAGAACGUUGCAGGCUUUGAGGGAUUUGUUUCGUAAAUUGAAGGAAUCGCGCGUGUUGCUCCCCAUCCCGAGAUCGAGAUCGAUCGACAGGGGGGCGGCGGAAUAUCGGAGGAAUCGUGCUCAACAGGUGAAACAAUUGCGGGACAAGUUGCGCGACAAGAGGCAGAUGAUGUUGAGGAAGUACGAGAGAGGUGUUCGCGAGGCGGUCGGCAAGGAGGAGGAUGUGGAAAAGAGGAAUCUGAGGAGAAGAGAGGCGUGGGAGAGGAUCAAGGAGAGCCAGGAUUUUCGUGACAUGAUCGAUCGCGAGAAAUUAGCCUACAUACUGAUGUAUCAACCGACGAAGUACGAUGCGAAGAGGGAAGUCGAGGCUGGCGAGGGGGAUGACGCACCGGUGACCGAAAUUCUGAGGAAUAAGAAUACUUGGCAGAGGAUUUUUAACCCGAAAAAUGAGAAGAAUUUCCGCGAUCCCGUAGAUCGUUCUUACGAUAAUUUGGACGAAGAUGUCGAACGAUUGGAGGAUUUAAAUGAAAAAAGAGGAGAAGAAUCCGAUGAAGGGGAAGGCGAGAGGAAAGACAAAGUCUAUUUCGCUCUAGUGGAGGAUGUAGAGAGGCCACGGAUAUUCUAUUACGAAGGGAAUCCAGGGAACGAAGGGAAGAGAAUUAUGAGGGCAUCUUCUCGACGCUCGACGCCCAACCACACGUACAAUCGUCUCCUGCAAAAUUAUCUAGGCAGUAUUAAAGUCGUUCGAUAUUCCGACAAGGAGGAAGAAUCGGAUCAACUCCCAAAGGGGAAGGAAAUAUACAUAAUCGAUCCAUCCAAAUACAAAGGAGGGGAUCCUCGUUUGCAGUUGUACAAAAAUUCGAGGAUAUCGAGGCCCGAUUCGCAAGUCCCUUCGAAAAAAUACAAAAUUAUUUGGAAGCCUAUCAUAUUCAAACCUUUCAGGAUUCGUCAAUCGACGCAGCACAAACGCGAGGACAAAAACGGGAGCGAAGAAGAAUUAACCGAAAAUCUUCUCAACGAUUUCAUCGACUAUCUAGAUCCCAAAACUGUCGACGAGCUUCUCAAAUCGGGGAACGUCAUAGUGGACGAUAAAAUGGAAAAUUUCAUGUAUUCGAUCGUCGAGAAACAAGAACCGAUUACGGAAAAAAUCGUGGAAGCCGAAGAUGAUCGAGAAUUCGAGGAAGCCUCCGCGAACGAGGAAAAUUCCGAUGGGGGAGAAUCUUUGAAGGUACUCGAUGAACAAGCAGUCGAGCAACAGGAUGAAAGUCAUCGAAAUGUUACGAAAGGAAGAAUGCAAAUCGAAGGUGGAAAUAUAUCUGAGACGCUGACUUCGAAGGAGAAUAACGCAAGUAGAGAUAACGGGAAAAGAGAUUCGAAAAAGAUGGAAAUAAAACGGGAACGAAGAAACGCCGUUACAGAAUCGAGAAGACAAGAAGAAAAUUUCGAGCCUCUGCCUCCGUUUUUUCUUCGUAAAGCGAACAAUUAUUUGUCGCGUUUGAAGCAAAGUUCAAAGGAAAUUUCUGACGAGAAUCUUCUUCUUAGAAUCGAAAGAGAUGUGGAAAAUGAAUCGAAGAAAAGUAAGGAAGAAGAAAAGGUAAGGGAAAGUUUAAGUUCAUCCCUUUCUGACAAACACGGAUCGGCGUUAACGGCGUUGCCAUGGAUGGAAAGAUCCGGAAGAAGGGUUCAAAGAGAAGCGAUAGAGAAUCCAGAGAAGAUGGACGAAAAUAACAACGUGGAAAAGAUACAACCAUCCGAAUUGCAACAUCUGGACGAACCUUCGAGCACAAAGAUUCCGACAUUCGGCGAAAUCGAUGACGUCGAAAAAUCGCUGAUUCAGAAGAUACCGCUUGAAAAAUUCAUGCCGAAAGGAAACAUCGACAGGAGUAAGAGGAAGAACGUAAGAAAAAGUAAGAAAGAGGAUGAUGGAUUAUCGUCCCUUAUAGAAAAGAGUCUACCAAAGAUAGGGAAUGUGGUAAUCGACGGAUUAAACAAAGCGGAAAAUUUCACCGGAUCGGUGGAACAGUUAAUUAAGAAUUUGGACGAGAAUUAUAAUAAGACGAUCGCGAGGGGAGAUCGAGAAAGGGAUUCAACCAGUACCAGAUCGAUAGAUCCCGCUCAAAAUGUUUUUCGAAAUGCGAUAACGAACGUAAGAAAAUUUUUCAUGUUGCUUAACGGAGUCACGAAUAUUCUUCGUGGAUAACAAUUCUUUUCAAUAUAAUAAUGUAUUUUAUUAAUUUUGUAUACAUUCUAUUUUUAUAAUAUUUUUCGUAUAAUUUUUAUAUUUUUUGACCUAAAUAAAAAGAUGUUGUAAAACGUU